AUUUUCGUUCAACUCCAAAAUGAACUGGCAGACGUUGACAAGGAGAAGGUUCCUGAUAACACUGAACCCCAUGCCGAAGUGAAAACUGAGGAAGCGAAUGAUGAAAGUCUAGGGAAGUCUCGGUCGUCAAUAAGAGAUCGAGCUUUCAACUCCGUAAUCAGUUUUUGUCGAGGAAAGCGAGCCAUUCAUUCCGAGGACCAAGGUUGGUACUUUUCUCUGUUAAAUUCAAAUGUUAGGAAGAGCAUGCUGAUAACAGGACUUGAGCGAAAAGAAAGUGAACAAACAGACGGACAAAAAAGACAAAUUUUCCUUUGA